AUAAAUAUAUGUAACCCCCUCGGGGCUUGGCUUCCUACAGUGCACCCAGAAUGGACGUGGUCAUUUCCCUCCUCUUUAUUUUGACUCUUGCGCAGCAUCUACCACCUGUGGCGCCUUUAGAGACCUUAUUAAGUGCUGUUGUGGAGAGUGUGUUGGGGGACUCGAGGAUCUUCUCUGGGGAGGAGGUCCGGCUGAGAUGCAGCGUUCCUGAUGUCCAUGGGUCCAAAUGGGAUUACCAGUGGUUUAAAGGAUCUGAGAAGCUAGGACACUCUGGCGAGCACCUGGUCCUGUGGAAAGCCAGGGUUAAAGAUAGUGGGAAAUAUUAUUGCCAGGGCCUGAGGGACUCACUGGUGGGAAACAUAUACACCCUCAAGAGUCUGCCUGUGGAGAUCCAGGUGGAUGGAGGUUGGGCCAUCCUGGAAGUCCCACCUCAACAUGGCCUCGUUGGACAAACCUUAAAGUUCACGUGCCAUGUCCGAGGCAAUCCCUCAAUUCAUGAGGUGAUUCUGUACAGGGACAAUGUUGAAAUCAUGAUACAAAGUGGCAGCAACCCACAUUUUCACCUGAACAACCUGACCCUGGAAGACCAGGGGAUGUAUUCUUGCCGGGCCUCCUGGGACGCAGACAGACUUACACGCUCUGUCAUUUCAGCUGAGGCUUCAGUGCAGGUCUUAGAGGUUCUGACACAGCCAAUUUUGGAGAUUGUUGAGUUAGAUCACCUAAAGAUGAGACUCAUCUGCCACCUCCAAUACAACGCCCACGCUCCUGCCCCUUCAAUAAAUUACUAUUUCUACAACAACAACAAGCGACUGGGAACAGCGACCUCUGAGAACCGAUUUCUGGCCAAACAGAGACCAGGCCAUUACAGCUGCAAAGCCAAGGUGCCUCAGUUGGACAUCUCCAGGUGGAGUGAACCCAAAAGCUUUGGACAAGUGACAGGACAACCGACGAUGCCUCCCUUUCUUCAACCCAGAAAUGCAAGGCCUUUUGUUCCCCCAGUCUCAUCCCCAGCAGCAGCCCAGAUGUUUCUUUACCAAGCCUCUCCAGCUCCAGACUCACAGAUGUCACACAAUGAGAUGCCAGAUUACUUUGAUGACAUGACUCCAACCACUGUUAUACAUUGACAAGUUAUCAUACAUUCUAAACUGUUGCAUAUGUGAAUGAUCCUAAAUCAAAAUAAUAAGGUGAGACUCAAGUAACUCCAAGUAUAAACAUCCUCAUCUCCUCUGUAUGAUCAAAAGUGUUGAUUCAAAAAAAGAAUUCAAGUAAAUAAAACAUUCCAUAAAUUG